UGCACGCGCAACGUAGAGCCCAGCGUCAGCCAAUAGGAAAGAGCCUCAUUUACUGUACGUAUGACGUAGCUCGCUGCUAGCCUGCUAGCUGGUUUGCUAACAAGAAAGAAGAUGGAUUCUCCCAUACUGGAACCGUCCUUGUACACUGUCAAAGCAGUUCUGAUUCUGGACAACGAUGGAGACAGGCUUUAUGCCAAGUAUUAUGAUGACACAUAUCCGACAGUGAAGGAGCAGAAGGCAUUUGAGAAGAACAUAUUCAACAAAACACACAGGACGGACAGUGAGAUAGCGUUACUCGAGGGCCUUACAGUUGUCUACAAGAGCAACAUAGACCUCUUCUUUUAUGUGAUUGGAAGUUCCCAUGAAAAUGAGCUUAUGCUCAUGGCUGUUCUUAACUGCCUUUUUGAUUCGCUCAGUCAGAUGUUGAGGAAAAAUGUUGAGAGGAGGGCUUUGUUGGAGAAUAUGGAGGGACUCUUCCUGGCUGUGGAUGAAAUUGUAGAUGGAGGGGUGAUCCUGGAGAGUGACCCGCAGCAAGUUGUGCAUCGUGUGGCCCUUAGAGGGGAUGAUGUGCCUUUGACAGAGCAGACAGUCACCCAGGUUCUCCAGUCUGCCAAAGAACAGAUCAAGUGGUCGCUUCUACGAUAGAGUCACGCCCGCACCAGUCUGCCAGUGAGCCGCUGUUCAGCCCAGUCUUCGUGGCACUGAUCCGUAUACUCCUUUUUCCUCUGAUUUCCACUCCUUCAAUCAAAGCUGUGAGGAGUACCGCUGGGUGAUCCAGUCACACUCCCAGGACUACUGCUCGAUAACGUUUUAUUUUUUGUUUUCUUUAUUCUUCUCUUUCGCACUGUAUGACAUAAUCAUCACGAGGAUAAGAUAUGGUGUACAUUCCAGUAUCAUUACGUUAUCUGGGUGUUUAUUAAACCAGUGUAUCUGUUUAUGAAACAUUGAUAGACCUCAUCACAGCCUGUGGCAACAUUCCACGUGUCUCCUCAAACAAGAAUUUUGUCGUUUGACAGCACCCCGUCGUCUUACUGUACAAAGUAUUGAGACCCUUAUCAUUUAAUACACAUGAAUAUUGUGAUUACAAAGUGUACAGCCUGUACUGCAGUCAUGCCACUGAUCACAGAGGUAUGUUUUGAAUAUAUUUUGACCGGAGAUCUUCCAUUCAUCAGACACUUAUAAUAAAUGUUUGUUGACACUGA